AAAAGCAAGUAGAAGGAAGCCACACCUUUAAGAGCUAAAAAAGGAAACUGGUUGUUUUUGGAAAGCGAGUGGGAGUCUACCCUCUACAUCUCCCGUCAUUGUUUGGGGGGAACAAGAAUUACUGAGGCAGACGGUUUGUGCAUCUUUCUUAAUAAAAACAACCUAGACUACUAACUCAAUAUAAUCUAUGCCUAUCAAUAAUCAAGAGCUGCUAAAGCAGGUACAUUUCACCGGGGAGGCAGACUGUCAGGAGUUCCACCCACAUCCUCUCAGGCCGAGCCUUUGCACUGACUGCAACAAGCUCUUUUCAAAGCACGAGCCAGGGGCCAUACCUAACGACGAAGCACUCCUCCAGGCUCUUGCCCAUUCAACAAAAGCAGAAAAGACUCCCGAUCGCAUUCUGACCACUUCAAGCGGGGGCGGACUUUAUUUAGGCGGUUUUCGUGGUGUCAUAAAUACUCAGUUCCUACGAGAGGCCAACGUCACUCACAUAGUCAAUACUGCAAAGGGGCUAGAGAUUUUUGGACCAAAGUAUUUAACUGCAGUCCAGGAAGCCAGAGACAUAUUGAAAAUAAAUUUUUUAGAAUUAAAUUGGGAAGACACCGAGACAUGGCUCAUUCCUGACUCUGACAUCAGGACACUCUGCAAUUAUAUACAGACCGGGCUUGACAUGCAAGGCCAAUCUGUAUUUGUUCAUUGUGCACAGGGUAAAUCCCGUUCCUCUACAGCUGUUGUUGCUUAUGUUAUGGUUGCUAAAGGCCUCUCUUUGAAGGAGUCUUUGGGACUUGUGCAGUCUUUGCACAAAAUGGCAGAACCUAAUCCUCACUUUAUGAAACGACUGGAAGAAUUUGAAAAGUCAGAGCUUCUCCAAGAGCUACGACAAGCUAUUAGGAUUUGAUAAAGAUUCUAUAUCUAAUUGACAUAUUAUUACAUUAUCAUUUCCUCCUUUUCCUCUUAGCUUGUGGUGUAACAAAGCAAUUAAUAGUGACAAGGUUUUUAUUGAGAUUAUA